AUGGCAAGUGGCGGAGCAGAGAACACAAAUGAGUCUAUUACAUAUGAAAAAGACGAUGCGCCAUUAAAAGCAAUUAUUGAAACAACACUUACUUAUUCACUGAUAAGUGGAAUAUUUCAACAACAAAAUAACGAUGGAUCUUUUUCACCAACAGCUCAAUUAGAAGAAUUAUUUAAUGUUAGCUUUGAACAGAUGAAACAUGACUUGAGUUCAAAAGGUUUAGCUUCAUCAAUUUCAGAUGAAAUCUAUCGACUAGUAUCAACAGCUGCUAUUCUUUUCUAUUUUUUAUAUCAUAGCCAAAAAACAAAUUUUCCUGUCGAUCUUGAUGCUAUCAAACAAUUUGUAUCUAAAGCACGAACCGAAUUAGAAGAUUUUUCAUCGAAAGAUGAUCCUAUCAUGCACACAUAUAUGGAUAAUGGUGAAUUAGCUGUGAAAUAUGUUAUUGAAACACGUGAAAAAUAUGCCGAUAUUUGUAAACAAAUAAAUUUACCAGAAACAACUUGGGAAAAUUAUAUUCAACGUUUAAUGGGCCUAGAUAAGCCACAGCAGCAAUAG